AUGUUGCCGGAGUCAAGGCUUGCCUCGCUAUAUUCCGACUUCAGGAAGCUGCAAGAGCUCAAUCCAGAUGGGUUCCAGGCUAACGUUCUAACAUGGAAAGACCACCUGAUGAACACAGUGUGGCGGGACGAGCUUCUGAUAGAAGGGGGCGACGAGCUGCUGGAGCGAUUGAGCACCAAGGAGACGGGGUUUCCGAAAAGCAUCGAUGUGGCGAUCGACCAGCUGGUGAUGGAUAGGCGGCUGGUGCCGCUGGGGCGCUUCGUGCGGGGGCCCGAUUUUGGGCUGUUGUCGUGGGUGAGGUGGACGCUGCACAAGGUGGUGGACCUGUCGUGGAGGAGCCGGGUGCGGGAGAACGGACGGUACCUGCGGAACUGCGCAUACGUGAACAUGGACGUGCUGGCGGCGCGGCACGGCGCGGUGGAGGGGGCGCUGGAGGAGAGGGUGGUGGCGCGGGCGACGCGAUAUACGGACCUUGUGUUCUCGCGGGAGGAGUUCUACGGCGUGGUGCGGGAGAGCCUACGGGGACGCGGGGAGUACGAUGUGGUGCUGGCGGACCUGGACAAGCACCGCAAGGCGAUUCUAGUGGACGGAGACGUUGUGAAGGUGGUGAUGCCGGCGGUGCGCGCGCUGGUGCAGCCGUUCGGGCCUGACCGCGUGACCGCAAACGACCGCCACAUCGCAGAGUUCAAGGGCUCGCUGCGAUUGGUGGAGCGGCAGGUCCAAGCGAUCCACGGGCACGUCGAGGAGACAGCGCGGGCGCUGCGUGGCGCGGUCGCGGCGGGCGCGGCACGCGAUGUGCAGCGGCGGUACCUGCGGAUGAACAAGCUCGCGCAGGCCAGCCUGUCGCGCGCGCUCAACCAGUUUACGAACCUAAUGGAGAUCAAGGACCACAUCGACAAGAGCGUGGACAACCUGCACCUGGUGGAGGUGCUGUCGGGCGCGUCGCGCGCCCUUGCAGACAUCAACCGGCAAAUCGGCUCGCUUGACGACGUUGAGCGGCUGUUGGACGACGUGCAUGAGCAUAUGGAGGACAGCGAGCGCAUCUCGGGCGCGCUGACGGCGUCGGUGGCCGAGGACGACGGCGAGCUCGACAGCGAGCUUGCCGCCAUGGAGCAGGAGCUGCAGCAGGAGCUGCAGCAGGAGGAGACGCUGCUGGGCGUGCUGGAGCGGCUACAGGUCAGCGACCGGGAGCCGCAGGCGCUCGCGCGGUCUGCGUCGCCGGCCAAGCUCGCGGAGCCGCCCCAAACGCUAUAA